AUGGACUUUCCUGACAAUGCGAAAGAUCAAGUGAUCUGGUUCAUUUCCAUACCUGUGCUCAUGCCGAUCUACUUCUUCACGCCUUUGCCCAACGAGCGGCUCUUCCUGCUGACAUUCCUUUUCUCCCUGGUGUGGAUCGCAUUGCUCUCCUUCUGCCUCGUUUGGUGGGUUGAAAUCCUGGGCGAGGCCUUGCACAUCGACCCGAUUUUGAUGAGCUUCACCUUGCUAGCUGCCGGGACUUCCAUCCCGGAUGCCGCUUCCUCUGUCGCGGUGGCGAAGCAGGGCGAGGGUGACAUGGCGGUGUCAUCGUCGGUGGGUUCGAAUAUUUUCGACAUCUUGGUCGGACUGCCCAUCCCAUGGAUGAUCAAGAUCGCAUUGAACGAUGCCAGCUAUCAGGUGACCAUCAAGUCGCCCUUUCUGGCCUUUGACGUGAUUCUGUUGCUGUUCAUGGUCUUGGCGGUCGUUGUUAGCAUCCAUUGCCUUGGAUGGAAGCUGAAUCGUCCUUUGGGCCUUGUCAUGGCCAUCUUGUAUUUGGCGUUCCUCGGCGUAGCUGUUUCAGUGGAAACCGCGCAACCGGAGUGGCUCAAAUUCUGA